GGCCGAAAGAACGGUGUAGGUCCGUCUACCUCGGCUCUCCUCUUCCUCCCUUAGUAUAUACAUCACUAAUUAAGUAUCACUACUGUUACUAUUUUGCAGAAAGUUUGUAACUGAAUAGCUCGUGUCGACGGCCCUCAACCGGCGCCACUUUCAAACCGGACCUGAAGCAUGGAAGGGGUAUAUUGGUGUAGGGAAAGUACGGUGUUACUUCUGGAAAAGGUAAAAGCAAGGGAACCAAUAUGGAACAUGAACCAUACAAACUUUAUGAAGAAAAAUCUGAAAAGAAGCUUAUUUGACGAGAUUUGUCAAGAACUUAAGAAGGAGUAUCCAUUGAUGAACAACCUUACUACUGAUAUGGUAGUCAGCAGAUAUCAGUACCUUAGAGGGCAUUUCCAAAAACAACUUCGGAAAAUUUAUAACGUCCCGAGUAGUUCCAGACGGACUGCUUCACAUAAAUGGGAGUUCUUCAAGGCAUGUACCUUCAUGCAGUCUGGAUUCAUGAUUAACAACAAUGAGUCAAGUUUUACAAGUACUCUAAGAAAGCAGCAACUACCUUCAGACUCGCCCAAUACAGCAACCCCGCAAGAUCUGGUAGUGGGAGAGCAUUCUAACCAUGAAGAAGGAUCUCUGCCCAAAAAGAGGAAGCUGGGACCUCCUGAAGCCCCCACAGAUGGUUCAGAGGAUCUUCCACAGAGGAGUAAGCAGCUGGCACCCAUGCUCAUUCCUGUCCACCCUCCACAUUGCAACCAGACAACAUUUAGAGCAACCACGUCAGGACCUCAAUCUAUAAAAGAACGAGGACCAGUGAAAAAUUCACACCCUGCAAAGCCCAAGAAGCAUCAAACUUUAAUUCUUAAUGACUUGCUAGAAGAUGUAACCUUUGCCGAUGUGACACUUACAGCUGAGGGGCAGUCGGUUAAGGCACACAAGACUCCUAUUUAA